AUGCCUUCCAAGAAGACCGAGACCAAGCCCGAGGGCGCUGCCGCUGCGAAGCCCAAGUCUUCCGGCUCGCAACACACAUAUCAAGACAUGAUCACUGAUGCCAUCGUCGCGCUCAAGGAUCGCAAUGGUUCUAGUCGCCAAUCGCUCAAGAAGUAUGUCCGCGCCAACAACACCAUCAAUGUCACCGAGAAGAUGUUCGACUCGCUGUUCAACAAGGCGUUGAAGAACGGCCUCGCGGCACUCAAGAAGGCGGCCGCUCCUAAGAAGGAGGCGGCUAAGAAGGAGACCAAGGAGAAGAAGGCCCCUGCCGCUAAGAAGGCUGCUCCCAAGAAGGCCGCCGCGCCUAAGAAGGCACCGGCUGCCCCUGCUGUCGUCGACAAGCCCACAGUUUUGACCAAGACCAAGUCGGGCCGCGUCGCGAAGACCGCCGCUAAGCCCGCGGCUCCAAAGAAGGCGGCACCCAAGAAGGCUGCCGCUAAGAAGGAGAAGGCCUCGGCAUGA